GCUAUAUAUAUAUUAUAAAGGAACAGCCUCCCCUAAACCUCCCCAGUAGCCCGACUGGAAGAACGAGAGACUCCACAGCGGCAACGAAAGAAGAAGAUGAUCAUUCCAGUGCGUUGUUUCACCUGUGGAAAGGUGAUUGGAAACAAAUGGGACACUUAUCUUGACCUUCUGCAAGCAGAUUACCCCGAAGGUGAUGCACUUGAUGCAUUGGGGUUGGUUCGUUAUUGCUGCAGGCGCAUGCUUAUGACUCACGUCGAUCUCAUUGAGAAGCUUCUCAACUACAAUACUCUGGAGAAGUCGGAUAACAGUUGAGGAAAGCUUAGCUUAUGCUGUAACAAACAAGCUGCUGGAAGUUGUUUAUUUUACUUUCUUGUCAAGUGUCCGAGUGUGAGUAUAUGCUUCGUUUUGUUUGGACUGGAGAUGUAUUCUUCUGUAGUUCCAUGCUCGGAUUAGGUCUAAUAGGAUAUUUCGGAUUGAUGGAGAUACUUAUGGAAUGUGCUUGUGGUGUGUAUGUUCCUACUCUAGGUUAGGUUUAUGUUGUUGGAAUGUGUAUGACCCUCUUAAUUAGAAUGGAAAGACUGGAUGCUUCGAGUUA